UUUGGUUCCGUACUCUUGAGUUUCUCCCGCUGUAUCUGACCUCAUGCUUUACGCAGUGCGGUCGUCGAGUUGAUAAUCCGUGUCAGUAAUCUCUUUUAACAAUUUAUUUCAGAAAGACAGAUCAAACACACCAUUUCCACUGACGUGGAGUACAGACCGAUCGAGUCCUGUAGUUGAGUUAUAUUUGACUUUUUAUCAGCACACCUUGGUGACGCCAGUCAAUCAGCUACAUCACCUUUCACAUGCUCGUGCAUCAUCGACAAAGACGAAUGGUGAGACUGAAAGUCGGCUUCAUUUUCAAGUCUUGUGUUGCCCCGUAUUUGCAGUGACUGGUGUUGUUGAGCCACCUUGUGGUGUUUGCACACAGUGUUCCCCCCCCCCCCCCUGCCUCCCUCUCUCUGUUUCUCCAUCUACUCUGUCGCAUUUUUUUCUUUCUCGGUUGUUAGGGUGUUUGACACCUGAGGUCUGCCACUAUGCAGCCUGGAGGAGCACACAAUGCUGUGUGUGGCCAGAGCCUGCUGUCCAACUCCCUUAGGGUGUAUCUGAACAACAAGAACAGACUGCAGCCCAUAAUCGGUCUGGGCUGUGUGACAGAGUGUGUGACACUCGGCAGGGACUCUGAGGCGGUGUACCUGUGUGAGGUGUGUGUGUGUCGUCUCAGUAAGGCUGAUGUCAGGAGCCACAUCAUGGGGAGUCUCCACCGAUACAACUACAUUAAAGCCCAUCACCCUCACUUUGUGUCAGAGUGGAAGCAGAGUCCUCCUGACCUGUCCAAGCUGGCCCGGCCUCUUAUGGAGAUGGCUCAAAUACUAGAGAAGAGAGAAGGAACCGGGGACGUACAGGUGCUGAAGUUGGAUGCUGCCAUGUAUGACGAUAUGACAACACACAGCGAGAGUGAUGCUCUCAUCCUCUUGCAUGCCAUCAGGACUGAAAGGGAGCAGAGAGAUCUUCAGAGCCAAUCAGUGAAGCAAUCAGUCCAGUCAGAGUAUCUUACCAUCCAGUCACAGAGAACCGUGAUAUCGCCUCGGAGGCUCUCCGUCCAACCAGAGAGGCCUGUUGUCCAGCUUGACAACCGAACCGUCCUAUGGAGGAGUCCGACCACCCAGAGUCGGAACUCAUCUAGCCAAUCGGAGAAGUCCCCUGUGUUGCAGCAGAGUGUCUCUAUCCAAUCACGGCUUAGUUUGUUGGAGGAGGAGUUUCUCCAUGGAAGCAAGCCACUGGUUGGUGCUUCACUGAAGCGUCCUGCCUCAUCAUGGCAGCAUGACCCCUUUCUUUCCCCGACCCCAAAUGUCACAGCUGGAAGUCAGACGUCUCUUGGCGGGCCUGAGGGGAAGGGGGCGGGACUGCAGGGGGUUCCUGCAAAGCUGAUUCGCUGUGAGCCGGUGUUCAAGGUCAGUCUAUCUAUGACGGACGGCCCCUGGCUGUUGGAGAGGAACUCCUUCAGCCUGGAAACCUCCCCCUCCUCCCUCAGAUACGCCUCACCCCUUCACUCCCCCACCGUAGAUGCCUCACUCCAACCCUCUCCCGAUCCCUCACGUUUGCUUGGCCAGCCGGGAAACUCAGUUGCCGCAAGACUCGAAAAUACACACACUCCGGGACUGAGACGCACUCCGGGACAUGCACACACUUCGACUAUGAGACUGAGCCCAGCCAUACCUGAUGAGCAGCUGACUAUGGGAGACGAGGACACAGAGAAAGACAGUCUGUAUCUCGGAGGGGAACAGAGGUUCACCGACUAUGCUUUGUACGAUGGCAGAGAGAAAAACACAACUGACCUGGUUUACCUCAGGAGAGAGCAGGACCGAACUGACCAGCUGUAUUCAGAAAAUAACCGACUCACUGACACAAAGUUCCAUGUCCGAGUGGGGCAGAACAACCGACAAGGCAGUAUUUACCCCGGUCUAGCCUGUGCCAGAGACAUCACUGACACAGCGUCUGUUGCCGGGCCGAUUCUCUUCACUACCGGCCGUCUCUUGAAGGAGAGCUUGACAGACACUCCUCUAAUGGAAGAAGAACAGGAGGAGGAGAGGGGGAAUGAGUGUCAUUCUGGGGCACAGAGGCUUGCAGAGGAUGACAGGACAACUGACAGUCUGUACUCUACUGGAGAGAGGAUAACAGACAGUGGGUUUUCCACAGGAAGCAGGUCAACUGACAAAAUGUACCAAACAGGAGAACGAUCAACUGAAAAUCAGUCUUUUACAACAGAAGUGACAACUGACUGUUGGUAUGCUACAGGAGAGGAGCUAACUGACCGUCAGUUGAUGGAGGAAGAGGAGCGAUGCAGAGCUGAAAUUCAGAAUGGAGUUGGGCUCAUCGUGGAGGUCAUGGUGGAGGAGGAGGGGGAGAGAGAGGAAGGAAAGGAUGGAGAGAGGGAGGAGAACUCAGACUUUUACCACCAACAGUAUUUGCAAGGCCAGCCUCCACAACGGCACCAGGCGCAGGGGUUCACAGGAACUCAUAGGGGUGCCGUAGGGCUUCAUAAGGUUGACACAGCAGAUCUCAGACAUGACAUAGCCCUUCAUAGAGAUCAUGCAGGGCCAGCCCUUCACCGAGAAGAGAUGAGCAGUCGUAUGGGUGACAUAGCAGCCAUGCAGCAGGUGCAGUUAUGUGAGGCUGAGUACAGAGAAGCAUGGGCCUAUGGAGGCACACAGCUGACCCCUGACACCUAUAGAUCAGGUCCGCAGGAGUAUGAGACUGACCCUGGCUCCUACCUGCCAUUCCCAGAGGGCCACAGAAUAAACUGUGACCCCCACCAAGUGGUUUCUGAUUGGUUUAGAACCACCCCUGGCCCGCACUUCGUUCACUCUAACCCUGACGAGUUUACACCCCAGGUCCUCCCGUACCCCCACAAUACAAUGCCCCAGGGAAUUGGACCCAAUCCCCACUCUGGUCCCUUCCCCAUGAAGAUGAGGGGCGUGCAGUCACAGGAGUACAGAAGGCUCCCCAGCCCCCCAUUUGUUAUGGUGUCUAGACCCUGCCACCCUCAGCCCUUCUUUCCAGGACAUGAAGGCUUUCUGUCCCCCCGGCACGGCCCAGCCUUACCUCCCAGCCCUCCCCACUACAGAGGAGCCUACUUGGGCCACAGCCCUGCCCGGAGUCCCUGGGCAGCUCCAGGACCAGGACCUCCCUGGGUCUAAUUACCACACACCAUACAUAAAUCCACCAGGAUAGUUAUUUGUGGCACUUUAGACACUUGUUUUAAAUGGACAGGUGUUUUGUGUGUUUUAUACACUCUAGGUUCUAUUGUUUUUAUAGCUUAAACCAACGGUAUCCCAUCCAUUGUAUAAGUGCUGAUUUUAGGUACUUCCCCUGUAUGAUGUCAUGAAAUCUCAUUGACAACUGUCAACGAUUCAACUCACCGGUUCAAUUCUGUUACAAUUCAGAUUUAUACAAGACUUGUUUGUUUUAAGUUGUUUGUCUUCUGCCGUCGAAUCAAGAUGGAGCUGAGAUGGAUAAAUAGACAACAUGUUGAACACUGGCUAAAUUUUAUAAUAUUAUGAACUCAGUUUGUGAAAUGCUGCUUCAGCGACCAAUUAGAGACAUUAUGAAGAAGGGAAAUCUAUUUUUCAACAACAAAUAUUUUGGUUAAUGCAAAAAAAAAAUCUAAAUGUAAAUAUAACCUAAGGUUUAUUUUACACAAUAAGGGGGAUCAUUUAGGGGUUCAACAUAGACCUUUCCAGAACUGUCUAGAAGGAGGCGCUGUAUUAGUUUUCAGUUCGACCAGCUGAGGGAAGCAGAGCUGAAUAAGUUGUUUAAAAUGAUGUUCAGAAACACAACACAUGUUAAAAUAAACAGUUUUAAUUUUAAAUGUUUUUCAUACUUGCCAUGUGUGCUUCCCUCAUGAAGUUGGGUUUAUUUCAGUGUGACAACAGCUUUGGCCAGUGUUAUACUUUGACUUUGGUUCACACACCUUUACAUUGGCUUAACUGAGUGGAUUUGAUUCCAUUUGUUGAAUUAUUAGUGUUAAUUUGAAGAUUAUUCCCCAAAAAUGUUUAUGUGCAGCAGCUACGACAGACUUGGAUUCGCCUCUUCCUAUAGGCAGACUACGCGCUGCCCUUUUCUUUUUCAAGGAACUGUCGGGUCUCAACUCACUUUUGAAAAGUAGAAUACACCAGGUGCAAUUUUGACAUUUUGUUGUGUAUCAGUAGUUUCCCACUUAUGACAGUCGCUCAAUGAGCCCAUGUCAGCAAAACAUUUUAAGAUUGCUAGGUAAGGUAGUUGAGCCAGGGGCCCUGACCUCCAGGGGGUCCUCCAUUGAUUUUUACACACACAAAAGUAUAUGUGGAUUUGUCUAUUUCAGCCACACCUGUUGCUGACAGGUGUUUAAAAUCGAGCACACAGCCAUUCAAUCUCCAUAGACAAACAUUCGCAGUAGAAUGGCCUUACUGAAGAGCUCAGUUACUUUCAACGGGGCACUGUCAUAGGGUUCCACAUUCUCCAACAAGUCAGUUUGUCUAGAGCUACUCGGUCAAUUGUUAUUGUGAAGUGGAAACUUCUUGGAGAAACAACAGCUCUGCUGCGAAGUGGUAGGCCACACAAGCUCGUGCUGUAGAGCGCAAAGAUUGUCUGUCCCCUGUUGCAACACUCACUACAGAGUUCCAAACUGGAGGGGGGGGGGGGGUUCUUAAAGGCUAGAGGCAGCACUGGAAAGGCUACUCAGCAAGUGGCAUUGAACUUUAUUUUUUUUGUCUGUUUUUUGUCUCCCCCACUGCCCAAUGUCAAUUUGUGGGCAUGAUACAACUUGUCAAGCAGGUCUAUAAUAUGGUUAAUGUAGCACAGCUGGAUUCAAGUCUGUUUUUUUUUACCUGUUUUUCCAUUGAGUCACUUAAUGCUGUAUUCAAGCGUCUCAUUCUGUAGUUUAUUUUUUUAUUUGUUGCUGUAUUUGAGUACAUUAUGGCCUUCAGGCUAAUAAAGUCACAGUAUCCAUUGA